GCGCAUUUUAACAUCAUCUAAAUUCAUAAGAGAGCGUGCUCUCCACAAGUUCAACGCCCACUUUUCAAUCCAGAUAAACUUUCAUCUUCACCCACCUCCUUCCUUCAAUUCUUAGGAAUUGGAUCAGCUACACAAUUCGGGAAAGACUAAGAUAGAGAGACCUAAUUACCCAUUUCAAUGGCCACAAUUGCAAGUGCGUUAGGUGCUGGGUUCUGUUUCAGCGAAUCGAGAGUCGGGGAACUCAAGCCAAACACUCAUUCAGCUGCCAGGUCAAGGCGCAUGGUGGCGGUGAGAGCUGAAGCUCAAUCAAUCAACCCAGAAAUUAGAAAGAACGAGGAGAAGGUGGUGGAUUCCGUCGUGGUCGCUGAGCUUUCUAAGCCCCUCACAGCUUAUUGCAGAUGUUGGAGGUCAGGUACUUUCCCUCUAUGUGAUGGAAGCCACGUAAAGCACAACAAAGCUACUGGUGACAAUGUUGGACCUUUGCUCUUGAAAAAGCAGAAAGAGUAACUAUAUCUUUCUUUUUCUCAUUUUUUAUUGCCAUGUAAAACUUAAUUCUAGAAAUUCUCAGUUAAUUCUAGAAAUUCUCAGUGUUGUUUUAUGAUAAAUUCAGCUCACUUCCUCUGGAUUUGGGUGAGUUCCCUACUUUAGUGCCAUUCAUAAUAAAACUUUGCAGAGAGAUCAUAUCAAA